ACCUCAUAGUGAACAAGCCUUUCCACAGAAAUUUGAAACCUGUUGAAGCGUUUGCAUUUCUUCAAGUAAAAGAUGAUCCAGUUUAGUCCAACUUCAUUGAUCUGUCUAAAUAUCAUUUUUUUCAUUGGGGGUGAGACUGUGCUAGGUAAUGUCAGACCCUGUUCUACUAAGGGUAUACUCAAUGGUAGUGCUAUGGAAACACCACCCAAGACUGCAGAGAAAAAUACAUCAACAGCUAUUUCAAAACAAAAGGAACAAUGCCUUGUGCCAUGUGAUAUUCAAGCUAAAAUGUUACGAGGAGAAAAACAUUACAUGUGCAGAAAUUUGCAGAACUCUCUUGUUGAAUAUGCAAGAAGUACAAAAAAACUGGUAAGAAAUAUGAUGGAUGACCAACAAUCUUCUUUGGAUUAUCUUUCUAAUCAGGUGAGUGAACUUAUGAACAGGGUCCUACUUUUGAAUGCAGAAGUUUUGAGAAAACAUUUGGAUCCACUUCCUUACAAAGCAGUUCAGUCUCAUGGACUGGAUUGCACCGAUAUUAAAGAUACCAUAGGUUCAGUUGCAAAAACUCCCAGCGGUCUGUACAUAAUCCAUCCAGAAGGAUCAAAUUACCCUUAUGAGGUUUUGUGUGAUAUGGAUUUUAAAGGAGGGGGAUGGACUGUGAUUCAGAAAAGAACCGACGGGGUAAUUGACUUCCAAAGAAAUUGGUCAGAAUACCUGGAUGGAUUUGGAGAUCUUUCAGGGGACUUUUGGCUUGGACUGAGGAAAGUUUUUCAUAUAGUAAAUCAGAAAACAACAAGCUUUAUGCUUUAUGUGGGUUUGGAAUCUGAAGAUGACACAUAUGCCUAUGCAUCUUAUGACAACUUUUGGCUAGAGGAUGAAGCGUGUUCCUUUAAAAUCCAUGUAGGGCGUUAUUCAGGAACUGCUGGUGAUGCAUUUCGAGGAUACAGAAAGGAGGAUAACCAGAAUGCAAUGCCCUUUAGCACUUUUGAUGUAGAUAAUGAUGGAUGCAACCCAGUAUGCUCUAUCCAAGAGCAGCCUGUGAAGAGCUGCAGUAAUUUCAGCGAUAACACUGGCUGGUGGUUCAAUCAGUGUGGCCUUGCAAAUCUCAAUGGUGUUCAUCGUUUCACGGGAAAGUUUCUUGCAACAGGGAUUCAUUGGGAUACGUGGGCAGAGAAUAAUAAGCUAAUCAGAAUUAAAUCAGUUUCAAUGAAAAUUAGAAGAACCUAUAAUCCGUAUUUCAAAUAGCAGCCUAUUAACGUAGAAUUAUAGCUUUUCUAGCAAUUAUGCUGGUUGAUAUAUCAGCAUAAUCUUAAAGCCUCUCACAUGUAGUUAAAUAAUCCAGUUUUACGAAUUAUGUUAAAUAUUUACAUACAGUACUACUUUGUUAACUGCACUUUUCAGCACUACUUAAUCAAUUUUAUUUCCUUUAUGAAAUUAUGCCUGAUGAUAUUAUACUACCGUAUGUCACUAUAGCUCAGUGGGUUAGCACCCUCACCUCUGCAUGAGAAGGUCCUACGUAUAAUAUUUAUCAUAUGAGCACAAGACUUUUUGCAUUCAUUAAUUUCUAUUCAGCUGCCUCUUAUGAAAUUCUCAGAACUGGUGGCAGCAUUUUAACACACACAUCUUUGCAUUUCCCAUUUUUUUUAAAUAAUAAAGUGAUAGUAAUGCUGACUUUUGAAAUUAGUUUCUCUGCAUAUCUGAGUUGCCAAGAAACUAUCAGAAAAAAAAUCUAUUAUCAGUAAAAUGCAGCAAAACACAUGUGUGUCAUUAAGAUGAUUUAGAAAAAUAUAUUAUUUCCUUUAUCUGACAUGAAUUUCCAGACUCCUGCAAUCCUUACUUAAGCAAGACUCUCACGGAUUUCAAUAGAAAUCCCAUUAGAGUAGGGUCAACAUGGUCAAGGAUACUUUCAGAUCUGAUUUGUAAACUAGUUAGGUAUGCACUUCCAUGCCCCAAACUAUGGCUCUAUUUUGCACUCACAAAUGCAUGGCUGAUUUCUUUAACAAGUGAGUCCUUAAUAUGUAAAACAGAUUUAGGGCUUUCUAAUGCCCUAAAUUAUGAAUUCACUAAAAAUGAAUGCGUGCACAACAUGCAUGAUCACCAACAGAACUUGUAGGAAUUUCAAAAUGUCUUUGAAAUUGUAAUUUUUGGAACUAUGGACCUGAUCUUGCAUCUCUCACUCUAUAGAAGUGCCUAUUAUAUUAAGUAAUCUGGAUUGUUUGUAUUUUUUUCUUUCAGUAAAAAUGCACGGCCAUCAAUAAAAAUAUGAAUAUUGUCAGAGCAA